AUGAUCCUGGCAGCAAAGGGCGAGACCGACUUCUAUCUCAAGGAAGAGUUGCUGCGCCAGCAAUUUGUCAAGGAAGAGCUCGACCGGAUGCGCGACGAGCUCACCCGGCCCGCUUCCGCGGCUCUUGUGCGCCCUGUGCCGGCAAUGGCGGAGCGAGCACCGCAACCGAGGGAUCCCAUCAUCCCCCCUGCACCCCCCGAGGAGGUCUCCUCCAGCGACCUCCGGGUCCGCUUGGCCUCCCUUCGGAGUCAGCUCAGCGAGGCACUGCCGGAGGAGUCCGAUCGCCCGCGGACGAGCGAGUCCUUACGGAAACAGCUGGAGGCUCUCCGUGCGCAGCUGGAGCGAGACUGA